AGAUGGCGGCCAAAGGCGGCAGGAACGGGCUGCUGGAUAAGCCUCGGCCCUGAGCGCUGCCCGCAGCCCCGCAGGUCAGCCCGAAAGCUUUAGGGAGGAGCUGUGCUGCGGGAGGAGUAACCUCAGGGAGCACCGAGACAGAGGUAAAGGGGAGGCCAAAGCUUCUCCCUGGCUGCAGGCCCGAUCUGCAGAUGUGUCCCCGCUGCGAGAUCCUAAAAGCUGUCACGAGGGCUUCACGUGUCACCUCUGCAAGUCCUGCUUCUCCUCCCGGCUAUUUUCAAACCAAUCUAGCGAGCUGUCGGCUUUAUUUCAGAGAAGAAGGGCAGGAAGCUGAGCCGGCAGCACUGAGUCCAUCCUCUCAGGCUGUAGGGAGAAGAAGCAGAGCUCAGCAGACAGAUUAAAACCCCCCCGAGGCCUGACAAUGAGGUAGAUGCACCGGGCUAUGAUGCCGGGCAAACUGCUGUUGCCAGGAGGCGAGGCUUCACACCGCGAAAAUCCCAUCCCUGAGUGGAAGAUCGACGACAAGCCAGUCAAAAUCGACAAAUGGGACGGGUCGGCUGUGAAAAACUCCUUGGACGAUUCUGCCAAAAAGGUCCUCCUGGAGAAGUACAAAUACGUCGAAAACUUCCGCCUGAUCGACGGGCGCCUCAUCAUCUGCACCAUCUCGUGUCUCUUCGCCAUCGUCGCUCUCAUCUGGGAUUACCUGCACCCCUUCCCUGAAUCCAAGCCGGUCCUGGCAUUCUGCGUCGUAUCAUAUUUUGUGAUGAUGGGCAUCCUGACCAUCUACACCUCCUACAAAGAGAAGAGUAUUUUCCUGGUAGCUCACAGGAAAGACCCGGCGGGGAUGGAUCCCGAUGACGUGUGGCAGCUCUCCUCCAGUCUCAAACGGUUCGAUGACAAAUACACCCUGAAGCUGACUUUCAUCAGCGGGAAAACCAAGCAGCAGCGAGAAGCCGAGUUCACCAAAUCCAUCGCCAAAUUCUUCGACGCCAACGGGACGCUGGUGAUGGAAGCCUACGAGCCCGAAGUCUCCAAGCUGCACGACAGCCUGGCCCUGGAGAGGAAAACCAAAUGAAUCCCCCCGCCGCCGCCGCCUGCCUCCCCGGAUCAUGCUAAAUUAAUACCAAUAAAGUCCAAAAGCAAAGCUAAUUGCCUCGGGUUUUGUCCUGAAAUCCUAUUUCAGUCCUAUUUCAGCCCCCCCCCAGGUGUUCGGGGGCUGCUUUCUCUCGUUGGCGUCGCCUUUCGCCACCUUUUGCCUUUCUCCUGAUGAGCUCUCAGAAGGAAUUCAGGACAAAAUCCUUGUAGGGAAACAAAUUGUCCACCCGCAAACGAGUUUUCUUUAUUUUUGUAUUUAAUUGGGGGUGGGGAGGGGAUGGGGAUUGUUUUAUAUAAAAGCCUUGUAUGUGUUGGGAAGGAGGGGGGGGGGGGAAACAAACGCUCUGCUUCUUUUGGGGCAGGAAAGCUUGCAAGCGAGGUGCAAAUAAAAGGAAUAAAAGAAGGAAUAAAAGGGUUUUUGGAGCUGGGAACGGCGCUGUGCUGUCCAGCUGCCCCCCCUUUUUGCCCCCCCCCCCCGAGUCCCCAUCCCACACCUCCCGCUGUACCCCGGCUCCUUUUCUAAACGGAUUUUUUUGCAAUAAAAGGGUCGAACCGC